AACAAACAAGCAAUGGAAACACUGAACGAGUCCAUCAGAAACAGUUCACUGCUGUGCGUGGAGGUCUUCCACAACUUCCACUGCACGUCCAACGACAUCUCCGAGGCCGAGCGAGCCACUCUCAUCACCAUCAUCAUCCCAGCCAUCUCCAUUACCAUUUUCGGAAACCUCCUCACUGUCGUAUCAAUCCUCUACUUCAGGCAACUGCAGACUCGCACCAACGUCCUGACGCUGUUUCUCGCCGUGGCGGACCUGCUGGUGGGCCUGCUGAUCAUGCCCUUCAGUGCAAUGCGCUCCGUGUACAACUGCUGGUUCUACGGGUGGACCUUCUGCAAGAUGCACUCGUGGUUCGAUUACACACUCUGCACUCUAUCCGUGCUGCUGCUCAGCUGCAUCUCGUUCGACCGCUACGUGGCCAUCAGCGACCCGCUGCGCUACCACCAGCGCAUCACCAACAGGACGUGCGCCCUCAUGCUCCUCUUCUGCUGGCUCUGCCUCCCGUUCUACGGCGUAGUCUUCAUGGUGGAGUGGAACCUGGUCGGGCUGGAGGAGGAAGUAGCGCAGAUUUGUCCCGACGACUGCCCGGUGCUGCUGAACCUGCCGUUCGCGAUGGCCAACACGAUUUUUGGCUGCGUCGUCCCUAUGAUGCUGAUGACGCUGGCCUACGGCAGGAUUUAUCAGCUGGCCAGACAGCAGGCGAGGAAGAUUGCCUCCACCGCCAUGGGCUCGAACGCGGACUCCGCGAGGAGUUCGCUGAGACGCGAGCACAGCGCCACCAUCACCAUGGGCAUCAUCGUGGGCGUCUUCAUCUCGCUCUGGAUGCCGUACUUUGUGGUGUCGACAACGGAGUCGAUAUUCGGAUACCAGGCAAGCUCGUUGGCGUGGGAGUUCAUCAACUGGUUCACAUACAUCAACUCAACGGUAAAUCCCAUUCUCUUCGCGGCCUUCAACAGGCCCUUCCGUAACGCCUUCUACCUCAUCCUCUCUGGUCGAAUUUUCUCCUCGAGCUACAGAGGAGUCGAUCUGUUCAACGUCCAACAAGGGUCGAAAGUCAACCAAGGUGCCAAGAGGUGUGUUUCUACGCUCAUCGGCAAGAAGUCAGACAGGUGA